AUGCGUACGCAUUCGGCACAAACAGCUAGUCACUCCCCGGCAGAGGAACAAGCAGUAGGUAUGGCACAGAACGUGGACAUCUUGGUAACUGUUCCCGCGACUGAGCAGCUAUUGCAGUUCCUCCUGUGUCCUCUCUGCAGUAACCGUAUGGUACAGCCUAUCACGUUCUGCGAAAAGGGACAUAACAUCUGUUCUAACUGCAAAGACACUAUGGACAAAUGCCCUACCUGCGGAAGUCAGUUCAGCGGGAUAAGAAACAUCCGUCUCGAGAUUAUAUCGCAGUGGUCCAACUUCACCUGCGCAAACGUCGCCCUGGGAUGUCCAGUCAUGCGCCCAAUAGAGUUAAUGGCCGACCAUUUGGCCUCAUGCGCAUACAGGAAGGCAACAUGUCCAUUAAACAAAGUAAUGGAUAUCGUUUGUCAUUGGGAAGGACCACUGAAGGACCUGAUAUUCCACUGCAGUGAAUCACAUCAGAAAUAUUUUGCUGAAGGUGAAAGCUUCAUGUCUUCAUCCCUUGAGGACGCUGUGAAUAUGAUUCACUAUUGCGAUGAAGUCUUUAUUUGCCACAAAAGAUUCAAAGAUGGCAAAUUGUAUUGUGCAGUUGAGAAAGUAGGAAUCUCACAGGCGCUAUAUACAGCCAGCUUCAUUCUCAAUACAGUAAGUGGGUCUGAAAGAAUAGUAUUCACCCAUACCGUUCGCAAUAUUUCUGGAAACUUGAAUUAUUUGCUAGAAUAUGGCAAAUUUCUUAAACUGAACGAUAAACUUGUAAAAAGGUUCAUAUCUGAUGGUAAACUUGCAUUGCAGGUGAUGAUAUGGAGAGCCAAUGUAAAGAAAUAACUGUAUUUGUUGUAAUAACCAGCCAAAACAACGAUCUUUCAAAAAUGCUAUUAUUCAAAAUGACGUUAUAAAUGAUUUGUACAAAAGGUUAAUUAUUAUUAUGAUUUUACCUUUGAUAUGAUGUAGUAAGGAUUCAAGUUAGAGCAAAAUUUCAAUUUGUAGGUUUAGAAAUAUUCAUUGUACUUACCUAUAUCUCGCAUAAGUGCUCAUCAAACUAUAAAUGUUCUGAAGUUUUAAAUAUAUUUAUG